UAAGCCAAAACUACUGCGGUUCGGAGUUUUCUUCAUCCGCGUGUGUCGAAGGGUGUUUUUUACCGUUCAAAGCAGUGGUGUAUAUGUAAGAUAAAGGUUAUCGUAUAACUUGUUUGGGCAUUUGAUAGAGUAGUGAUAAUAUCUACCCGACGCCAUGGCGUCGUACAACUUCAAAAAGAUUGAAGUCGUGCCUACAGCGAAAGAUUUCGUGGACAUCGUACUGUCGAAGACCCAACGCAAAACUCCAACAGUCAUCCACAAACAAUACAAGAUCACCCGAAUUCGAAGCUUUUACAUGCGUAAAGUAAAGUUCACGCAGCAGAACUUCCAUGACAAGCUGAGCAAAAUAGUAAUGGAUUUCCCGAAACUCGAGGAAAUUCAUCCUUUCUAUGCGGAUCUGAUGAACGUGUUAUAUGAUCGCGACCACUACAAGCUAUCGCUUGGACAAACCAACCAGGCGUUACAUCUGAUUGACAAUGUGGCGCGGGACUAUGUCCGGCUCCUCAAAUAUGCCGAUUCGUUAUACAGAUGCAAACAGCUGAAGAGGGCAGCAUUGGGUCGGAUGGCGACUAUCAUGAAACGCCAAGCGCAAUCCCUCCAAUAUUUGGAACAGGUUCGCCAACAUUUGUCUCGUCUACCCUCCAUUGACCCAAACACACGUACGCUGCUUCUUUGCGGCUAUCCGAAUGUAGGAAAGUCGUCGUUUAUCAACUGUAUCACUCGAGCCGAUGUUGAAGUACAGCCAUAUGCUUUCACGACGAAGUCGUUGUACGUUGGUCACACCGACUACGAAUAUAUGAAGUGGCAAGUAAUCGAUACCCCUGGGAUUCUCGACCACCCCUUAGAGGAACGGAAUACAAUUGAAAUGCAAGCAGUUACCGCGUUAGCUCACUUGCGAGCUUGUGUAAUAUUCAUCCUCGAUCCGUCGGAGCAGUGCGGACAUGUUUUUGAGAGCCAAAUUUCGCUGCUUCGUAGUCUAAAGCCACUGUUCUCAAACAAGCCUCUUCUAGUAGUUUGUAACAAAAUCGAUGUUCUCCCACCCGCACAGUUCGAUGACGAAAAGAAAAAACUGUUGGACGAGAUUCAAAACGAGGAUAAACUGAACAUAAUGUACAUGAGUACCGCAACUCAGGAGGGUGUGUUCGACGUGCGUAACACUGCAUGCUCUCAACUAUUGGCCACAAGGGUCGAGGCAAAGUUAAAGGGACGGAAAGUCGAAGCUAUUCUGAAUCGACUAAUCGUAGCGAUGCCGGAAACUCGAGAUUCUAAGGAACGACCGCCUUAUAUUCCGCCUGGUGUAGAUGCUAAGAAGGCUGCACCCCCAAAGAAGAAACGACUUGAACGGCACAUCGAAGAGGAAGAGGGUGAUGAUUACAUCCUUGAUCUGAAAAAGAACUUCGACCUACCGGCAGAGUGGAAGUAUGAUAUAGUUCCUGAGAUUCUGCGCGGUCAUAACGUGGCGGACUUUAUCGAUCCGGAUAUCAUGAAAAAGCUCGAAGUUCUUGAGAAUGAGGAGCUACUUCGAGAGGAAGCAGGGUUUUACGACAUAGUCGUCUCUGAUGAGGAUGAGGAGACGAAACAAACUCGCGACCUUGCCCGACAAAUCCGUAAACGAAGGCGAAUUCUCAAAAUAGAACACGAGAUCGACAAUAACAACCAACGUCGAUCAAGGCCAAUCAUGAAAAAAUCAGAAAGAUCAGUGUCACGUCUGCGUAAAGAGCAAGAGAGUCUCGGCGUAAAUCUGGACGGAGACGACAAUGCAAAUUAUCGCUCGACGCGCAGCAAGAGCCGUGGCCCACCUGCGAAAAAGGCCCGAAUGGAUUCAGAGGGUCGUGUGGUUUCGGCGAAGUACACCGUACCAAGAAACAAGUUGGGUAUUCGGGAUCCAUCACAAGCAGCCAAAGCAGAGAAGAUACGCAAGAAGACACAACUAUUCUUUGCUCGUCAAGCCCGCAAAGGAGAAGCCGAUCGCACUAUCGUCAAUCUUAAACCGAAGCAUCUUUUUGUUGGCAAAAGAGGCAUUGGAAAAACACAUCGUCGAUAGUUUGUUAGUUCUGUGUCUUACUACUUGUGACAUAUUUAUUGGCUGGAGCAGUUGUCGUUGGCGGCAGAGCCAAAGGAUCGUAACCGUGAGCAGUUAUUAUGGGGCCACCCAUACUGACGCGCAAACCUUGAAUGGUGUUUGGAACUAUUCGGUAUACGCCUGAUACCUGACAUAACAAAGUAGUGAGAAGCCUAACAGCUACCAUUACUAGUUGAUUGACAGCCGUUUUUCGACGCUCUACCGGACCCUACAAACACUUUCUUUUUUUAUGAAUGAUCUGGCUGUAAUUAGUUACUAUUACCAAAAGCGACGUUUUGCUUACGAUUACUGUUUUUGACAGAGACGUACAAGGCAAGAGCACUCAAUGUAUAGCGCUGUCUGAGUAGAACGGCCGAGAAAGAGGACUUGAUUGUCGAUACCGUUAUAUAUAAACGAUAUAACUGCAAACAAAUGCAUAGGUUUGCUUACAUUAAAAAUAACACUAUUUUUAUUGUGGACAUAAGUAACAGGGAUGUAGCCAUAAUCACAAAUCAAACAUUUCGUGACUGAUGAAUUCUUCGAUUUCGAUUGAUCCCAGCUUCGUCAUGAUAGGCAAUUAUUUUGGUUGAGAUAGUAAGUACAAUAAAUUGCAUAACAUAUAAACAAAAUCAAUAGUUGUGUUUCAUGUAUCAUGUUUAAUUGUUUCUC